CUCUAUCUCUCAUUCUCGCUCUCUCAUUCUCGCGCUCUCUCUCAUUCUCUCUCUCUUUUUCUCUCUCUCUGUCUCAUUCUGUCUCUCUUCCUCUCUGUCUCUGUCUCUCAUUCUCUCUCUCUCUCUCUCUCUCUCUCUCUCUCAUUCUCUCUCUCAUUCUGUCUCUCUUCCUCUCUGUCUCUCAUUCUCUCUGUCUCUCUCUCUCUCUCUCUCUCUCUCUCUCUCUGGUUGGUAACUAGAAGGAGAAAGGAAUCUCUCUGCUCGGCCGCACAACAACUGCAGCUGAGCCUAUAUAAGGAAUGGGUCGUGUCCAUACAUCUGUCCUGAGCAGCGGCUGUGAUCCAUCCCCCUCCGGCUGCUGGAGGACAGGAGUGGAGUCACACUGGGACUCGAGCACAACAUGAACUUUUGGGCGCGCGCUCGAACACCAUCUGCGUUGUGUUUAUCUGCUCUUCUUUCUUUCUUAAAACAAACAAACAAACAAAAGCUAAUAAGGAGUUUGUGACUUUAUAACACUGUAGCCUGCUGUAUUUACAGGACUCCUGAUCGGGCGUCUAUUAUGUGUGUGUGUUGUUGUUGUUGAGAGCCCGAGUUGUUUACUCACAGUGCUGAUGUGAAUCUUCAACCCUGCCGCUGAACUGCGUUAAUCAUCUAAAGACUUCGUUACACUUCAGUCCGAUAUGGGAUGGGUUCUGUUGUUGUUGUUGUUGUUGUUGUUUGUGUGCCACUCUGUAGCAGAGUCAGGAAUAACGGUGCUCGGGUUGUGUUUCCGCCAUGCGCGCGCUCCCUGGCGGUGCUCUCUCUCUCUCUCUCUCUCUCUCUCUCUCUCUCUCUGUCUGUCUCUCUCUCUCUCUCUCUGUCUCUCUCUCUCUGUGUCUCUCUCUCAGCGCGCCGCUUCCAGCUGAGCGGAGGAAUAACGCAGCGCUCGGGCUUUAUCAAUGGGGAAUACAGAGGGAAACUGUAGCUUUCUCACUGCUGCGCAUCUGAUUUGUCUCGGUUGAAAGUCGGACAGAGGAAACCCCUCCGUGCUGAGCAAGGCGCUGGAAGGCAAAGGCGUUGCACCAAAUGUCAACUUGUGCAGUGAGUAACUACAGCCAUGUAUUGGAAGGCCAGUCAGACUCCGAUGAUGAAGAUAAGCUCCAUAUCGUGGAGGAAGAAGGGACCCCCAUGGACGGAGCUGACGGUGACAGUGUUGCCCACGACGAUGACGCUAACGGCCCCGAGGACCGAUGGGAUGAAGUGAAAGAGGAGUGUGUGUCGGAGGAGGAUGAGAGGAGUAGGGAUGCGCUUGUUGAGGAAAUGCUUCAGCAGGGAGACACAGCUAUCAUCUUCCCCGAGGCACCAGAAGACGAACCACGCCAGGGAACACCGGAGACCAGCGGCCAUGAUGAGAAUGGCACACCAGACGCAUUUUCUCAGCUCCUCACCUGUCCCUAUUGCUCUCGAGGCUACAAGCGCUACACGUCUCUGAAGGAGCACAUAAAGUAUAGACACGAGAAGAGCGAAGACAACUUCAGCUGCUCACUUUGCAGCUACACUUUCUCCCACCGCACACAGCUCGACCGACACAUGAGCGCGCACAAAGCAGGCAGAGACCAGCGGCAUGUAACCCAAACAGGGGGUGGAGGAAACCGUAAGUUUAAGUGCACUGAAUGUGGCAAAGCCUUCAAGUACAAACACCACCUGAAAGAACACCUGCGUAUCCACAGUGGAGAGAAGCCAUACGAAUGCCCCAACUGUAAAAAGCGUUUCUCUCACUCCGGCUCCUACAGUUCCCAUAUCAGCAGCAAGAAAUGCAUCGGCCUCAUUUCCGUCAACGGGCGACCGCGACCCUCGCCAUCCACAGGAGGCACCAAAACCCCUCAGUGUCCUUCACCGUCCCUGCCCUCUUCCCCCGCUACUGCCCGGACUCAGAGCCGUGACAAACUGGACCAUAGUAAACCCCUACAGGAGCAGCUCCCGAUCACACAGAUUAAGUCUGAGCCAUUGGAUUACGAGUACAAGCCUGUGGUAGUUGCCCCGGCUGCACCUGGAGGAGUAAACGGGGUUUUCCAAGGAGGGGCAGCAGCACCCCUACAGGGGGCAGUUCAGGCUGUCGUCCUCCCCACUGUAGGACUGGUCUCCCCAAUCAGCAUUAAUCUAGGGGACUUGCAGAAUAUGCUAAAGGUGGCAGUGGAUGGGAAUGUGAUCAGGCAGGUUUUGGAGAACGCCCAGACCAAAGGCCAGCCUGCAGGCACCGGCAGAGUGGCUAUUGCACAGGCUCCUCAGCAAGUCAUCCAAGCCAUCAGUCUUCCCAUUGUCGACCAGGACGGUACCACCAAGAUCAUAAUCAACUACAGCCUUGACCCAUCACAGGCUCAGGCAGCUCUGCAGAACUUGAAGAAAGAGCAGAUCGGGCAGAAUACAGACUCCUGCAAGGCUGAACGACUGCCUGAGGACCUGACGGUUAAAAGCAAGACAACCAGGGAUGAAACCACCGUCACUGUGGAUGAAGAGUGGCAACAGGAGAAGGGCAGACUCUACAAUCACAUGACAAACACACACUGUGGCAAAGAGGAACAGGAGGUUAAUGGAACCCACUUGGAGGAGAAGUCUGAAGCAGAUGUUGAACUGUAUCCUGGGCAGCCCCCACUGAAGAACCUUAUGUCCUUGCUUAAGGCUUACUUUGCCUUAAACGCAGAACCCUCCAAGGAGGAGCUGGCAAAGAUUUCAGAGUCGGUCAAUCUUCCGAAUGAUAUAGUCAGGAAGUGGUUUGAGAAGAUGCAGAAUGGGCAGAUUCCGAUGGAGGUCUCUGCAGCCACACCCCAGAAAGAGCAGACUAACGGGAUAGACAUUAAUGGCACUCUGGAGGAAACCCUCAAGUCGAUGUCGGAGCAGGACAACAAAAGCAACCAAGAGGAGGAGGAGAUGGAGCUUCGUAGCCCAACAGAGGGCACUACAGCUGGCAUAAGUGGAACAGAAAAUGGCCCCACAUCCCCUUUACCACUAAAUUUAUCUGCAGAUGGGCCUGUGCCAGCCCAGACUGCGGAGGAAGGAGAGGGACCUCUUGAUUUGUCUCUCCCAAAAUCUGUAGCGGCAGCAAAUGCAACCAGCGCUCACUCUGUUUACUCAGCUCAGGACGAGCCUCUGAACUUGGUUUGCACAAAGAAGGACGUGCUCAGCAAUGCAAGCACCAGCACUGCCAUCUAUGCCAGCCAAACAAGUGCCAAUCCCCUGAACAUUGUGACCACUCAACUGCCCACGCUGGUGGCUAUUGCCAAGCAAGGACCCGGGCAGUGCCUGCGUACACUCACCACCACUAAACAGACCAUCUUAAUCCCACAGUUAGCCUACACCUACACCACUACAGCCUCCAGCCCAGCAGGGGGCGACACCCCACAGAAGGCCAUACUGCAAGUCAACGGUGUCAAGGAGGAGAAGCUGGAGGCCAGUUCAGAGGUGGCUUCAGUGCUGGAGGAACAAACGGACUCAGACUCCGGCCUGGUGAGGAAGAAGAUGAAGAAGACUGAAAAUGGCUUGUAUGCCUGUGACCUGUGUGACAAAAUCUUCCAGAAGAGUAGCUCGCUGCUUCGGCAUAAAUAUGAACACACAGGUAAACGUCCUCACGAAUGCGGGAUCUGCAGCAAAGCUUUCAAACACAAGCACCAUCUGAUCGAGCACCUGCGUCUGCACUCGGGAGAAAAGCCGUACCAGUGUGACAAGUGCGGCAAGCGCUUCUCUCACUCCGGCUCGUACUCGCAGCACAUGAACCACCGCUACUCGUACUGUAAGAAGGAGGCACACAGCCAGAACCUGGCGCAGAGGGACGAAGAGGAGGAGAAUCCUAAUGAAGAGCAGCCCGGAGCAGUAAACGCUGCCACCUCGCCCCCGUCUCAGGUGGACUCGGAUGAACGAGGGAGCAGCGCCAGGGAGGACGAGGAGAGCGAGGAAGACGACGAGAUGGGCUCGGGGAGCAUGGUGGACGAGGACGAGAUUCAGGUGGUGAGGAUCGGCGAGGAAGGAGGAGAGGAUGAGGAAGACACCGGAGAGCAGGACAGGAUGGAAGAGAUGGACACAUCUCACGGAGGACACGAGGAGGUUACAGUCGAAAGUCAAGAAGAGGGAGAGGAAGAUGGAGAGAUGGUGAAGGUCGUGGUGAUGCAGGAUGAUGAGGAGGAUGAAGAGCAGAUGGAAAACACAGAAGCAAUGGACAUGCAGGAAAACAUAGGAGAGGAAAAAGCUAAAGAUGAAGGAGAAAAUGUGAAGGAGGAGGGUGGAAAUGAAGGAAACACAACCAGUGAAAACAGAGAUGUGAAAUGAAGAGAAACAACAUCAGGGCUUUUCUCGCUCUUAUUCUUUGCUACUUAGUUUUACAAAAACGUUACUAAUUUGAACAAAGACUACAGAUGUGGCUGCUUCCAGAGGAUGGCAGGAAAUGGUGAAGGAAGGAAGGAAGGAAGGAAGGAAGGAAGGAAGGAAGGAAGGAAGGACAGAAGGAAGGGAGCAAGAGCGCAGGAGCUCUGCUGUUGCAUUUUAUCCCACUACUGUGUAUAAAACCCCUUGUGUGCCUGAUGAUUUAAAAAAACAACAACAAAAAAAAACCAACGUGUUUUUUUUUUCCACAUAAGGACAAUUUUCAGUGUUUAUGGUUUGUAUAAAUACAAAGUUUAAUGAAAAAAAAAGACAUACAGACUGAAAGCUAGACACGUUUUAGCUAAUAACGUUUUAUUACUAAAACACCUUGGGUUUCUUUUUAUCAGUGUUACUAAUUUUUUGUCACUCUUGUUUAAACCUUAAAAAAAAAAAAGAAAGCUGUACAGUUGGGAGAGAUUUCUAUACAUUUUUAUUGCCAAUGAACAAAACUCAGUAUUUUAUUGCAUAUGAAGGAAAAAAAAGAAAGAUCCUGUGCACUACCAUGCUCCCAGUUUACUGAUGAACACCUCUGUGGGCCUUGUUUAAUGUCUACCUUUCAGUAUUAAUACUCUCGAUCUGACCCAUACGUCACACACACACCUACACUAGCUCACAACCCGUCUGUGUGUUUUGUUUGGAAGUGGCCUGUGAGCCUUAAACGGAAGGGGAAAUGGGGGUGAGAGACAAACCAAGAUUUUUUUUUUAACAAAAAAAAAAAAAGACAUCCAGAUUUUACAGAAACGUCAGUAUGGGUCUAAUCCCGCCCCGCUUCCCCGACUCGCAGCCCCGACACCCUUCCUUAUGCAAAAGCAUGCAUGUGUUAAGUGCCAUUGCAAAGAGCUGGUGCACUUCUCUCACACUCUUCUCUUCUUUAACAGCAUGUUCCCAGUGUGGUAGCAAACCUGUGACCCCCUGACCCUCAACCACUAGUCCGAACCCAAGGACUGUUCCUGUCUCUUUACGGAGCAAAAUUAAUUCUAACAAAAACAGUCAGGAAUCAAAGAACAAAACAUUUCCAGCUCUGAAGUGUUUCUGCUUCCCCUGUCUGAUGCACUUCUUCAUCUGAUUAACUACGCAUUCACUUUUACUUCAGGUAUUAAAUAUGAACCCGCCAUUACCUUUCACCUCGAGUUGUUUUUUUCUUUUUUCCCUACUUUCAUAACAGUCAGUAUUAAUUUUUUUUUGUCUGUUUCUCAGUGAACGUUGUGUAAUGUUUGUUUGCAGUCAUGGCAGUAUUAUUUCCUCACCCUCUUCAUCAGUAUAAGUUUAGAUUUAGAGACCUUUUAUAUUUAUGUGUCUUAUUUUUUUAUAUUUUUUUCCUUUAUGGUUAUUUAUUACACAGUGUAGUGUACAAUAUUGUAGUUUGUAUUAAUACAAUAAUAUAUUUUAGUAUGAAGAAUAAUUUCGAAGAAUGAAUGAAUACAAAGCUAGAGACAGCUCUCUGGCAUUUCAAAGUGUUUUAAAACAGAGAGUAUUAUUUUCACAUUUUCAAUUAUUUGAUUUCUUUUUUUUUAAACAGACACCCAGUAUUUGAAAGAUUAGAGAUUUCUCUUCUCACGUUGCCCAUCAUUGUGUUUCUGUCUCUUUCCCCACUAGACUUAGAAGCUACUGAACAUUUAUAAUUUAAUUGUAUGCUACAUGUGCAGACGUCCUUAACCACGAAACUGUGCUACUCUUUUACAAAGCCAAAAUGUUGUCAAUGAGGAAGGUUUUUUUUUUUUUUUAAAUGUUUUGUUUGUGCCAAUGUCUUAAUAGCAUGGCCACAACUUGUUUUAUAUGUCCCUGUUUUAAUCUGUGGUUAUAUAUUUUUUAUAGAUAGGUUUUCCUUUUUGUUUUUGUUUUUUUUAUGAC